CCAUCAUGGAUCGUAGUUGAUUGGAAGUUACGAUUAAGUGGUCACGUUUAUAUUAUUAGUUUUAAUUAAGAAUACUUUUUAUAAGAAGAAUCAAGUCAAAGACUCUUUGAUUUGUCUAUUUACAUCAAUUCAUAUUGAUGUAUGUAAAGAGUAAAUUGUUAAAACCAUGACUGUGAGAGAGUGUUAUUGUGUUAAACUGUCGCCCAGCAAAAAAUCGAUUUACGGAUUGAGAAUGAGACAAAUAUUGUUACUACUGGUAUUUACCAGUAUAAUGAUUAGUUCUUGUGUUGCUGAUUUGGAACUAUCAUGCGCAAACGUGCGAAAUAUCUUUGAAAAGAAAGGAAUGCUGUCGGUGGUGGACAUACAGGAGCAACCUAACUCAGAUGCGGACGGGUUAUGCGGCAUGCAGGGGUGCUGCGGGCCGGCUGCCCGCGGGCCGCUCACGCAGCAGGCGCGCCGGCAGCUCGAGGACGCGCUGCGCAGCGAGCUCGGCAAACUGGCGGACGUACUCGGCAACCGGGCCAAGCGGUUUGACGACUUCUUCCGCAAGCUGCUGCAGAUCUCGCGCGAGGGCUUCCACGCCAUGUUCAAGCGCACCUACGGCAUGAUCUACGAGCAGCACUCGUACGUCUUCGAGCAGCUCUUCGAACAGCUCGAACGGUACUACACUCUCGGCGACACCAACUUCGAGCACAUGAUGGAUCAUUUCUUUGGCAUACUUUACCAGAAGAUGUUCAGCGUGCUCAAUGCUCAAUACAGUUUCGAUGAAAAGUACUUGAAAUGCGUGAACGAGCACAUGCGCGAGAUCCAGCCGUUCGAGGACGUGCCCCACAAGCUGUCGGUGCAGCUGCGGCGCGCCUUCGUGGCCACGCGCACCUUCCACAAGGCCCUGCGCGCCGGCGCCGACGUCGUGCGCAACAUGAUGCAGGUGGGCGUGGGUGAGGAGUGCGCGGCGGCGUGGGCGCGGCUGCGCUGGUGCGGCGCGUGCGGCGCGGUGGCGGCGCCCGCCUGCAGCCGCUACUGCCACAACGUGCUGCGCGGCUGCCUGCCCGCGCACGCCGACCUCGCCGACAACUGGGACGCCUACGUCGACGCUGUGGAAAAGGUAGCCGAUCGACUUCUUGGUCCAUUCAAUAUCGCCAUGGUGGUAGAACCGAUCGACAUAAAGAUAUCAGAGGCCAUCAUGAGCUUUCAAGAGCACAAUCAAGAGAUCUCCCAGAAGAUCUUCGCCGGGUGCGGCAAGCCGGUGCUGGGCGGCGGCGGCGGCAGCGGCGCCUUCUUCGCGCCCGAGCGCAGCCGCCGCUCGCCGCGUGCGCUGCCGCCUCCGGCCCGCGUCCGCCCCGCCGCUAAUGACGUAGACGAUUUCGAGAUCGAAGCGUCCUUCGAGAGUCUAGUCAACGACGAUCCUUCCCUCCUCAGCCUGAGGACACCAGAAGGUAUCAAAAAGAUAACGGACGAGAUGGCCGAACACGCCAAGUCGAGAGAGCGAUUCUUGCAAUAUAUGAGGGGAAACAUCGAUUUAGAAGCGUACGAAGAACACGAGAGACGAAAACGAGACGCGGAGCCCGAACCCGCCGGAGGCGCUGAGAUUGACUUCAGGUCGUACGAGUUCGCCGGCAAACGGGGCUCCAAGAAGAAGAAGCCCGCCGCCAAGGCGGAAGACGGCCACGGGUCGGAGUGGGCGGGGCCGGCGCUGGAGAAGCUGGUGCGCGAGACGCGGCUGCGCGUGCGCGCCACGCAUCACUACUGGAGCCACCUGCCCGCGCUGCUCUGCAGCCCCGCCAGCGUCACCAGCGCGCCCUGCUUCAACGGCACGCACAGCGCCAGCUAUACGUUGAGUUCGGCGGGCGAGGGCAGCGAAGCGCUGGCGGCCAACCCGGAGGUGCGCGGGGCGGCGCGCGCGCCAGCCGCCGUGGCGCGCGCGCAGCUCGACGCGCUGCCCGCGCUCACCGCGCGCCUCAAGGACGCCUACAACGGCGUCGAAGUGCAGUGGAAGGACGACAGUGAUUCUCUGGCGGCAGCGGAGUCGCAAAUGCACUCGCUGACGGAGCCGGGGUCGGGGUCGGGGUCGGGCGACGACGCCGACGACGAGGACGGCCGCGACCGGCUGCCCGACGACGACGAGGACCGCGACCCGCCCACAGACUAUCCUGAAGGGUCGGGCGAAGGUCCACGGCGGGACGACGAAGACUCGCUGGAGACGGAGGUGGAGGAGCCGUUGGGCACGGAGCGGCCCGCGCUGCCGGGCCCGCCGGGGCUGCCGGGCGUGGUGGACAGCCCCAAGUCCAACAACGUGCAGGUGCGCGGGCACGUGGGCGCGGCGCCGCCGCCGCCCGAGCCGCCCGCGCCGCCCGCCGCCGGCGCCGCCGGCGCCCCCGCUCGCCCCUCGCUACAGAAGGCGCUCUUCACCUACGCGCUGCCGGUGGUCUGCGCGUGGUUCGGUACCAUCAUCACCGACUUGAUAUAACCGCACCCCUCGUUACUUCAGUGUUGGACUUGUUACUUGAUCGAUCGUGCGAGCGGCCGUUGCGGAAGUGUGCGGGGUACUGGCUAGUUCAAUUGCUAGUGGCGUCUGACCUCGGAAGUGUAUUAUGAGUUUCCACACGUGACGUUUCGGAUAAACUGAAGAGAAUGAAUCGGAUAAUAGUAUCCUAGUCAGUAAAAGCGGAAGUAGAAUGGCGUGUGAGCGCUGCUGUGAUAAAAAGAAGUGGACAGGUUAUGCCUACUAAAAAUAUAGGAAAGAAUGUCUGAGCAUGAACUUCCUAGAAAAUUUGUAAAACGAUUUACGACCACUGUGAAAUAUUGUGGAUUUUAUUUAUUAUUUUUUUAUAUUAUUAUUAGUCCUGGUUUUUAUAUAUUAUCAAUUUAUAAAAAGACGCAUGCAUAUUGUCUGCAAUACGUGGCGUUUAUUAAAAUGUUAGUCGCGUGGGCGAAGCUGGUGGCUCGAACCUGGGUAGGGCUCGAUGUUGCCACCGCAUAGUCGCCGCCGACUGGAAAUAGUCACCCCUAACAAAAACCCCGUGAAUGUAACAAUUGGAUUUAGUUUGCCACCUAAAUAAAUCCAUACGAGUGGCUGAAUAUACAAUACUGCCCGUUUGCCACUGCCGAGCACAUUUUGUUAUUGUGCAUGAAGUGUAAAAUUUAACUUAGCUAGUGAAUGUAAUAUGUCUAUUGUUAUGCGUCAGAUUAAUGUAUGUAUACUAUUUAGUGAGUCUGUGUGGAAUGCUAACGAUGAAACUUGGAUGUUUAUGUGUAUUUCUCCAUAUUUAAUAUUUAUACAUAUUUUAUGUAUACAUACUUUUUAAUUCUAAGAGCAAAUCCACAUAAUGACUCUUUUACGUUAAAAAUGACUUAACUAAAAUGUACAUAUAAAUUAGACUUAAUAUUAAAAUUAAUUUAAGAGACUGAUUCGCUUUCGUUUAUUUUAUAUAAAUAAUAUAGCUAAUUUUAUUUGAUCAUACGCGACGGUUAAGCAAAAACUAUUGUGAUGUAACUAUAUCGCUUUUAUACCAUAUUUGUUUUUUACUGUUUUUCUUAGUAUCAUUUUUUUUAUUUAUAGAUGAAUUUGAUGUAUAGUCGCACCAAUAAAAGUCUGCAGCGGAUUUGAUAGCCCACGCAGUGUAAGUGUUAUUUAUACGUCAUAAUUUCAUAGAAGUUUGACGUUUAAAAUGACGCACUACAUGGGCUAUCAAAAUCGCUGCAGACUUUUUACGGUCUAACUCUACACUACAGUUUGUCACCCGUCAGCUGUCCGCUGCCGACCGCGGUCCAUGACAAAGCUUGCAGUGUGAAAUGAGGUGACUGCACCUUCACUCCGAUAGGGUUCACCAUGUCGAGCUCUAGCUAGCUAGUGCAUAUAAUGGCAUCAGCUAGUGGAUAUUAUGUACAUGUUUCUAUUAAUGUCGAGCUUUGCCAUACUAACAUAAAAAAGAAACGCACAAUCAUCAAUAAUGUAUAAGCUAAAAUCUUAUGUUUUUGUCUUAUAGCAUUCUUUCCAUCUCAUAAAUGUAAGAUUAAAUAUAAAUUUAAAUAUUAACCCCGUACUAUGCACUCAAUGUCUGCAGCAAUUUAGGCCCAAAGCCUGCCUCGGAACAAGUAUGAUAUCAGACACAUUAAAUUAUUUAAAAACAUGUUUCCGUUCAAGGACAAUACGACUCGCCAAGCGACGCGACCCGCCGUGCACGAAUAACAAGUGUACCUGCCAAAUUGCCAAUUCCUACAAUUAUUAUCACAUACAUGUAUUUGUUUUAUAUUGCUAUAAAGCAGCUGUAUAUAACUCUUGAUUAAAACAAAAUCCACAUUAAUAAAAUAUAUAGCGAGUAGCAAGAGUACGCGGGCUAUAUUUAUCGCCAGGUGAAGCGCGAUAUGUGCGAGCUACGGGACCAAAUUAAUAAUAUAUUGUAUGCCUGAUUUGUGUGCCAUUGUGCUUAUUGUAUAUUCUCUAUUAUUUACUGUGUAACUUUGUGUUAUUCCAAAGGAAUUGUUGCAUGAAAAAAUAGUACAUUGUGUAUCGAGGUGGGUAAGUGAUAUAUUGGAAAUGAAGGUGCUCGGAAAAGACUCAAGUUUGCAAUAUAACUUACCCCUGGAGUUACACACGAUGAUUUUCACCACACUUGCGAAGAAAAAACUAAAUUGUAAGCGAGUUAUUUUUAAAUAAGGUGAAAUUUCAAUCAUUCGUCCGCCAUAUUGUCAUGUUUUGACAGGUUUGGCAUCAAAGCAACAUCAAAGGCACCACCACCUUUCCGGCAUUCAACCUCAAUUGAAAAUUGUGUAAAAACAAAUUAAAGAUUUUUUAAACAUAAACACUUAAGUAUAAACGUUAGUAUUUCAAAAGUAAAACUUAUUUAAACCUCGUCAUUUCGUAUGAAUUAGAAACAUAACAAACAGCCGGAAUAAUAAAGGCCUUUGUCCUUCAGUACACCUGCAUGGCAUGAAAUAAGAUCCUUUUCGAGCAAGUGUGAUGAAAAAGUAAUAAUGUCUCACUUAUAUACGUAUCUAGCUAUCGAAGCGCAGCUGUAUACAAUGCGAAUUGUUGUCGCAAUCUGAAUAUGAGGACGUUAUGGCUAUUGGUUUACAAGAGUCGACGCCGCUAUACAACAUUUACUUGAAAUGAAAUCGAUUUAGUUAUCUAAAACCUAUUCACAACUUUUACUAGUAGUUACAAGAAUCGUUAUGUGGUUUUCAGAAUAAGAUAACGCAAAAUGGCAGCAAUUUAAAAUAUUUCGUUCGUAAAAAUAUAAAUUAGUAAAGAGUUGAAAGAAUCCUGAAACAAAAGGAACUAAUUCAUGAAUAAAAAUAGUUCCAAAAUAAUAGGCGCCAGGACCUUUUCACAAGUCAAUAGUCGGCAACGCUAGUUUUAUAAGUAAAGCCUGACCAGUAGUAUAUGAUCAUUGUCAGGGGCGGCGCUAUUAUUCUCAUAUAUAGGGUGACUGUUCAGAAUAGUAUGAAAAAAAAAAUGGUUCUAGUAAAAUCCUGCAACAUGGUGCGUGAUCAUAUAUCCCUGGGGCCCGUUUCUCAAAAGCUUGUAAGUUGUAAUACAAGUGGAAGUCCCUUUCUAACAAAAGCUGUCAUAAAGUGACAUCCGCUUGUAUUACAAGUUACAAGCUUUUGAGAAACGGGCCCCUGGUCAUACCAUUUUACCAUAGUACGAAAGUCUCAUUAAGUAAACGCCCGCAGACGUCAACUUACUCUAUCUUAUUAUGAAUACCACCCUAUAAUAUGAAGUUGGACAUGAGUUGGACAUACAUUAACAACUAAGCCAGUAAAUUGAAGGCUUUCAAUAAUAUAUUAACAUUAUUUUAUAACAUUAAAAUAAAUUGAAGAUGCAAACCAGAACUACGGUUCUUAUCAUAUUAUAACUCAACAAUUUGUAACAUUGUAUAGACUUAAUGUAAAUAUCGUAUUUAAUGUUAUAUAAAAUUAUGUAAUUUAACUACUAUCAUGAAAACUGAAUGUGGCUAGUAGUAGUAGUUUUUAUACAGUUAACGAAACAGGGUACCGAGUUGAUUCAUUAACGCUACAGCGAUAGUGCAGGAUUAAAUAUUGCCACGGCCUAACAGUACCCCGGCAUGCAGGUCGGGUCGGCUGCACGCGCUGCUAUCUAACUCCUACUGCAAUCUACUCGUACAUAUUAUAUGUCGCCAUACAACAGUGGCCUAUUCCUUUUUUGUUUUAUGACUUCUGAAGUGUUUAUUAUGUUUUCGGCACUGAAUUACUUGGGGAUUUUCAGAAAAAAAAAUCUAUCUCUUGGGUUAUUUCGACUCGCAGUCACGUGUAUUAAUUAAAAUAAAAAAGUGUCCCCUUUAUUCCAUACAAAAUACAACUAUUAUUAUUGAUUAGGGAAAUUCUUGUAUAGAUUCGAGUGGGCACAAACUUGCUUAUGUAUUUCUCUACGGCAAGACAUAAAACCUGCCCGCGGAGGUGGUGGAUCCCUCCUGCGUAUUAAUUGUUAUAUGAUUGUAGGCAAGGUAUUCCGGUUAAUAAGUUAGUUAAGCAUAUUUCAGUGCACGCAAUGUGGGAUAUUUACAUAUCAUUGUGAGCGUAACCCUUAGCAAUAGUUAUUGGUUGCAAUAGAGAGGAAAACCUAAGAAAAAAACGUGCCUCCUAUUUUAAGAGCCGAAUGAGCCGAAACAGUAGGUAUAUACCUAGGUAUAUAUAGUACUGUACCGUCUUUUACGGUACUGUACCGGAUCCACACAGCGCCAUCUACAUCACCUGACAAAUUUGAGGCACGAAUUUGUCUUAGGCUUUAUAAUUUCCAUAAAUUAUAUAUCUUACUUAAUAAUAUAAUAUCUGGGAGACCGAGCUUUGCUUGGAAAACAUAUAAAAACUCAAAAAUGCGCGUUUUCUCAGAGAUAAGAGCUGGCUAGAUCGAGUUUUCGCCUACGAAAACCCCCAUAUAGCAAAUUUCAUCGAAAUCGUUAGAGCCGUUUCCGAGAUCUCCGAAAUAUAUAUAUACUUAAAUAAAUAUACAAAAAUUGCUCGUUUAAAGGUAUUUGACAGCUUUAGCAUGUUUCAGGCACGACUAGGGAAUGCAAUCUCGAUCUCGCAAUUUAAGAUCUCGCGAUAUGUCGCACGAAUUUUAGAAAUUCAAUCUCGUUGACAGGAAAUCUCGAUUUUAGCAAUCUCGGUCGAGGACUUGAUUAAUAUUUUCGAGAUCUCGAACGAGAUUGAAUGAUUGAUCCGUGUGAAUUACUUUGUUUUGAGUAAUCUUUUUGACCUUAGGUUCAUGUUGUUCAGGCAGUGCUAUUGUAUGCGGCCGGCUUUAGCUGACGAUAAAAUCACUGAGGCGCGCUCUGUGCGGAAAAAUCGGACGAACUUAACGUACCCAGUCACAAUUAUUUAUGAUGUUUGCUCGCUAACCCUAGAUUUUUUUGUAAGUUGCUGAGUGCUUGUCAAAAAUAUCAACUGAGCAUGUUACUGCCUCUGCUUACAAUUUUGUAAAAUUAAAAAUAAUUAAUACCUCUUUUUCAUAAUUACAUGCAAAUUAGAGCUACACCCAUAUUAUUAGUUUUUUUUAAAUAAAUGUAGUUUUUUUAUUAAAUGCUGAUUAAUUUGAAGAUCUUCAUAAUAAAAUAUGACGUAGGUACUCUAAAUAAGUGGUAUUUACGGAAUUCUUAGAGAUUUUUGCUCAAAAUAACACAUUUUUAAUUAUUUUGUCAAAUCUCGAUCUCGUCGAGAUUAAUCUCGAUCUCGAAAGUGUGACGGUCGAGAUCUCGAAACACCCUAUCUCGAUUCAGAUUUUUCGUGCGUGAUCUCGAAUCGCCAAUCUUGGUGCGAGAUUGCAUUCCCUAGGCACGACGUUGCAUGACUAACCACAAUAUAAUACCACAAUACAAUACUAAACAUUGUGUCGCAUAUUCAGUGCUAAAAUAUACAAAACAGAUAGGUUAUGUUAUGUUAGGCUGUGGCAUUCAUAAAUGAUAAAUAUACGAUUGAACAAUGAUGUCAUGCAUGUUAUAUGUAUUAAUACAACACUGGAAACUGCUCAUAUUUACAUAGUAGCUAACAUUAAAGUGGCCCACUGACGUGAAGUAUCUACAAUUUCUAUCGUCAGAAACACCAGCCAGUUUGAAUGCCAAUGGGGAGUCUAGUCAAACAGUGUAAUGGCAUUGGAACUGAGCGCAUGAUAUCGAGCAGUUUCCGCGGCACGGCGGAGACCGGAGCGUUCAUUGUAAAUUGUACCUAUGUAGUUAAAAUGUUAUCACAGUCGGUAAUGCAAUGGUGUUUUGGAAAUAUAUAUAGUAGAUAUUCAAUUUAAGAUCAGAAAUAAACAAUAACAUGUGGAA